GCCAAGGCGCCGGAGCCCCUCACCGACGCCUCCGUGAAGGCCGCUACGGCCUCGGCAAUCAAAGAGGACUCCGCCUUGAGGGAGGCGGCGCAGACCGGCACGCUCACUCUCAAGAUGGUCCGGAAGACCGUCGUCCGGCGCAUGGCACUGGGCGACGACGGCGACGCGACUUUGAAAAAGCAAUACAAGGACCUCAUGAAGACGGAGAUGCUGCUCGUGGCGACGGCGUUGCAAGACGACGGCAAGCCCAAGGAGGAGGAGAAGCCCAAGGCCCCCAAGGCCCCCAAGGCUCCGAAACCGAAACCGAAACCCAAGCCCAAGCCCAAGAGAGUGAUAGAAGAGGAACCCGAGGACGAGGACGACGAAGAAGAGGACGAUGACGACGAAUCCCUAGAUGACGAAGAAAUCGCACGGCGCGAGAAGGAGCCCCACAAGGAUGAUCACAAGUUCGAGAAAGUACCGAGCGAGUGGAAAGAUAGAUAUGCCGACGUCGCGUGGGUCGAAUCGCAAGGAUUUGAGCAUUGGCCGUCCAUUAUCUACGACCCGCGCUGGACCAAGGGCAACAUCAACACGUCGGCCAUGAAGUACCUCGGCAAAAAGCACGUCUGCUUGUUUUACGCGAUGGACGCGAGCGAAAGGUUCGCUUAUGAACCCCUGAGUAGUAUUGUGCCGUGGGAGGAAGGUCUGCGACGGGGCUACGACAAGAACGCCAGUCAUUUCAAGCCCAAGAAGUACGAGAAGGCCUUCCCCAAAGCUUUGGCCGAGGCCAUCGAGGAACACUCUAAGCCCAAGGAGCAGCGGAGCGGCGGCGACGUUCACACUAAAACAAAGAAGAAGCCUCCUAUUAAAAAGAAGGUUGUACGGAAACAACGCGACGACGACUUCAUUAGUAAGGAUGACUCAGAUGACGAUAUGGCUGCGCUCCGCGCGAAGAAGCGUAGCGCCCCCAAGAAGGAAGGUGGGAGCACUGUACCGAAGAAGCCGCGCACCGACGAGGACAAGAAACGCGCCCUCGACGCGCUGGCCGCCAAGAAGCGCGAAAAGCGCGAAGAGGAGGAAAGGAAGCAAGCGGCGCGCGACAAAAAAAUGAAGGACGCUCGAGACUCCGGCGUUCCCGUCUGGAAGCAGCUGAGCGGGCGGGCUGAGGACAAGGUCGCGCCGAAGUCGCCUCCCAAGGACAACAAACCCUUUGAGCUCCCAACCGACGCGCGGGGUCUGGUGGAGGCUUUACGGAAAGCGACGGUCGGUCCGGAUAAGUCAACGAAGAUCACGCGCAUGACCAUGGCCAAGAUUUACAGAGAUUUUAUCAACGAGGUCGUCGCUGAUGAUGCGCUGCUUAGGGAUCUGGUGGCCGUGAUCCGCGGCGCGCUGAACGAGGGCCAAGACGAGCGCAUCGCCGAGGGCCUCAAGCGUUUGAAAGCAGCGCUCAAGGAGGCGCACCGGGCGCCCAAGGCCGCGCCGGCGCCGGCCGCUCCAGCGCCUGCUGCAGCGCCGGCGCCCGCCGUGCCGGCGGCCGCAACGGCGCUGGCGCCGGCCGCGACGGCGGAGGCCGCGGCCGCACCCGCACCAGCGCCCGCGGCGGCCGCACCGGCGCCCGCGCCCGCGCCGAGCGCGCCGGCGCCGGCAGCGCCCGAAGCGCCGAGCGCAGCGCCGGCCGCCGCGGCCCCGGCGCCCGCCGCGCCGAAGCCCGAGGAGGCGGCGCCCGCGGCCGCUGCGCCGCCCGCCGCGGUGGCGCCGGAGACCACGGUCGCCCCGCCCGCCGCUGCGUCGGCGCCCGCGGCCGCGCCGCCCGCCUCGGCCGCCGCACCGCCCGCCGCCGCGCCGAAGAAGAGGCCGUUGGAAGACGGCGAGAAGAAGAAGGAGAAGAAAAAGAAGAAGAAGACCGGCGACCCGCUGGCCGACGCGUUUGCGCGGUGAUCUUUUCUCUUGGUGAUUGGCCGGGCGCGGCUGGCGUAAGUUCCCCUUUGCCCUUGGUUUGGAGUUCAGCGGCUGCGCCACAAAUAUGUGAGCGGGUAUGUGGG